AUGUCUGGACUGUCAAAGACCUUUUGUGGAGAGAGGGAACCAAGAGGGGCCUAUAUUUCUCGAGGAGAUUCAUUGACUUUCAGAUCCAAAUCAAACUUUUAUAAAACAGAUGAUGGAUUCAAGCUGCUUCUGACACCAUUCCAAAAAGGAACAUGCACAAGCUCUGAAUAUCGCUGUAAUGCUGGGCAGUGUAUAAACAGCAGAAAGAAAUGUGACGGUUACCGACAGUGCGGAGAGUAUGCAGACGAGUGCAAGAUCACCAGAACCACCUCCUGGAUUGCUGGCGUAGCUGUGGGUGUCAUUGCAGUUAUAGCUGUAAUCGGCAUAGCUGUUUUCUGCAUCAGGAGACACUUUAUUAAUCACCGGAGUUCUGGGGGCGUGGUCAAGUACUCUUCCCCACCACAGCAGGUAACAUCAGUACCUACAUACCAACAACCAGGGGUGAAUCCGCCCUACCAACAGCCGGUGGUGAACCCUCCCUACCAACAGCCGGGCACCGCUCCUGGGUAUUACCCCCAGGGACCAGUACCACCUCGCCAAGGCUACCCCCCACAGAAUACCGCUUACCCACCACCUUAUCCUGAGCAACAACAGCCUGGCUACCCUCCAGCUACAAAUCCCUAUCCCUAUGGAGCCCCUGCGCAAUAAUGAAGUUGUAGAGUUUUUGAGGUCUCUGUUGAUAGACAUCUCGGAUGUCUUAAAGUCUUUUGUUUCUAGAUGUUCAUUGGUUAUAUGAAGAAAAAAGAUCUGAUUUAUUCUUGCCUGUUUAGCCUGCUGAAGAGAACUAUAUCUUUGUGAUCUUUUUGAAUCAAUUUGAUUGGUUCAUGAUUAUUUUUGCACGGGGGA